UCCUGAAUAAUUUACACUGAAUGGCUUUGGGCAGUGACGCAGAGAAGGAUACAGAUGCUCGACUACUUUUCCGUUAAAUUGUUAGAAAUUUGCACAGUUUGGACGAACCUUUCGUUUGUUUCUUUAUCGUGAGGCUUUACAUCGACGUGUCAGCUCGAGUAAAUGUAAAAGUGUGUGUUCGCUUCUUUAUGUGGUGUGGUGUCGCUGAGCAGGAAAAUAAAGAUGCCGCAGCCCAAAUCACGAAAAAUCGCCGUGCUGGGUUACAGAUCUGUGGGGAAGUCCUCUUUGACAAUACAGUUUGUGGAAGGACAGUUUGUGGACUCGUACGACCCGACUAUAGAAAACACUUUUACUAAAAUGAUCACAGUCAAUGGCCAAGAGUAUCAUCUGCAGCUGGUCGACACAGCAGGGCAGGAUGAGUACUCUAUUUUCCCUCAGACCUAUUCCAUAGACAUCAAUGGUUACAUUUUGGUGUAUUCCGUUACGUCAAAUAAAAGUUUUGAAGUAGUAAAAGUUAUUCAUGAAAAAUUGCUGGAUAUGGUGGGAAAAGUACAAGUACCAAUAAUGCUGGUGGGAAAUAAAAAAGAUCUCCAUAUGGAGCGGGUUAUCAGCUGUGAAGAAGGUAAAGCGUUGGCAGAAUCAUGGAAUGCAGCGUUCAUGGAGUCCUCUGCAAAGGAGAACCAGGCAUACGAGCUAUUUGAGUCGGUUUUUCGGGCAAGGAUUGGUUGCUAUGCAGUUGCUAUGGCAAUGAGGUCAUAUGUUGGCAUUAUGAGAUGCACUGCAGAGGGAAAUUGAGUACCUGGAGGGGAGAGUAUGGAUGUAUGGAUGAGAGUAUAGAUGUCAUGAGUUCCCAGGUUUCUUAUGUUAUGGUUGUUGUUGUAAAGUAUACAGUAUUUCACUGUUUAAAUACUAUUCAACCCUCAUUCAGAAUUUUACUGGUUUUUGUUGGGGGUUUUUGUGAGAUGUGGUUCUGUAUCAGUAAAUCACAUUUGUUUUAAUUGUGUAUCAACGAAAUGAUUCCUAACACUGAUACAAGAUUUUAUGCAGUUAAUAAAACUUACUCACUCUUUUCUUGUGUCUAAAUCUCAAACAGUGUUUCAUUAUAACUCUUUAUUUAGCUUCUAUAACAUCACUGUUUUUGUUAGUGAGCGUCAUUUAAAAAAAAAACAGAAAAUUGUAUGAAGAUGAGUUGAAGAUUACAGAUUGUUCACUUAAGAUGUAAAAUGUAUACUAUAUGGGCAGAAUGUGUGCACACCCGACCAUCACACCCAUAUUUGUGUCUUCCUCAAAUUAUUUCUACAAAGUUUGAAAGCAUAGACUUUACUGUAGCAUUACAGUUUCCCUUAACUGGAACUAACAGGCCCAAACCUGUUCCAGCAUGACCUUGACAUGGUUUGAUGUUGUUGUGGAAGAACUCACAGGUUCUGCACAGAACCCUGACCUCAACCCCACUGAACACUUUUGGGAUGAACUGGAACUCUUGACAGCACCACAGACCUUUUCACCCCACAUCAGUGCCAGACCUCACUAAUGUUCAUAUGGAUGAACAGCCACACUCCAAAAUCUCUAGUGGAAACCUUCCUAGAUGAUCAAAGGAGACAGAGUCCAUAUUCAUGAGCAUGGUUUUAGAACUGGAUGUUCACCAAGCAUGUGGGUAUGACGGCCAUAUUUUGGCCACAUACAGUAGAGUAUAAUUUGGGGAAAACACAAUUAAGCUGCUGUUCCUUGUAGAUUGACAGUAUGUGGUGUGAUCGAUAGAAAUACAUAGUGUAAUGCUACUGCUAUUAUUUGCUGUGUUUGUUGUUAGUGUAAGUAAUGUGUAUUUGAAAUGUUAGUAAGUAAAUUAUAUUUGCACUAGAAGGAAUGUUAUACACAUAAUAUCCUGGGUUUUCUUGUUGACAUUGUUGGGCUAUAAAAUAAAAUAAAAAAUAGUUUAGUCUGCUUUCAUUAUGACGGUUCCCCUGAUGUCUUUUUCCAGUUGCAUAAGAGUGACAGUUGCUAGUGCAUUAAUCCCAGUUUGCCCUUUGGCCCAGUGGCAUUACAAAAGCUCAAACAUAUCAGCAGAAGCCGUCAUCUGUAGCGCUCACCUCCUGUUCCACACAGGCAUCAUCCUGAGCAACAGCAUCUCUCUAGAGAUCUGCUAACUCCACAGAGGCAGACGAUGUGGAAGCUCCUAAUCGAAUAUCAGAUCCAUGGCUGCUUUCUCUCUGAGCCGACUGUCCACCAGUCGGAACAAAAAACACUAAUUUUACUUUUGACCUAUUUAAUAAAGAUAAAGUUUCUCUUUUGAGAUUAAACACCGACACAUUCAAUCCCCCCUUUGCAGAGACGCUUAGUAAUUUGAAAGCUAUAUUUUGUACAAAAAUAAAUAAAUAAAACAUUGCCUCAGGGAGAAAGCUCUAACAACUGAGGUGGAAGUGAUGAGCUGCCUUUUAAUUAGAUUUUUUUUGUUUGUUUUAUAUCUACAGUGAACAUCAUAAAUGAUUUUUGUUGAAGAUCUUUGAUUGUGGUUUUGGGCUUUUUAUGAAUUUCUCUGGACUUUGUUUCUAAUAUGGUUAGAGUGAAGCAGAACUGCUACUGCUCUCCAGUCACAUGACGCAUCACAUUGCACUCCAUUAGAUAUUUUUAUUUACAUUUACAGCAUUUAGCAGACGCCCUUAUCCAGAGCAACUUACAUUUUUAUCUCAUUUUUAUACAACCGAGCAAUUGAGGGUUAAGGGCCUUGCUCAGGGGCCCAGCAGUGUGAAACUGGUGGACGUAGGAUUCGAACUCACAAUCUUUCGAUUGGUAGCCCAACACCUUAACCACUAGGCUACCACUUCCCCCAUUUUAUCUAGAUAUUUUUAAUGGACACACUGUCACUUUUAGUGUAAUCUUAUUUAUUAGUUUUCUUUAGUUGAAACUUUUUUUUUCUUUUGGUUUGUUUUGAUUAUAUAAAGACAUGACUAACUACUUCUUUCACUCUGUCCC